ACUCUGUAAACUGUUUAGAGAGGGCUGUAAAGCACUGUAAAGCAGUAUAUGUCUAAGUGGUAUUGCUAUUAUUGAUUUAUGUGUCCAGGUUUAGGUGAGGGGGCCCAUACUAAUCUUGUUCCAGCACUUAAUAAUCCUCUUGACUGCACUGCACUUUGAUAAAAUACAUUUCAAUCAUAUAUUUGUAUGUCCAUCUUUGGCUAAGUUGUUCUCAGUUAUUUCUGUCUCCUGGUAUUCAUGGAGGAGAAGAAAAAGAAUUUUUUUUUCUUUUGCAAUGAAACUGUGUAUCUAAAAUAUGAAGACUCCUCUUUCAGCGAGAAGAGAGUCUGAAAGUCAAUAGCAUGGGCCCAGAGGUUGUAAAGAGGCUUCAGAUGUAGGUGUCUAUGGAUGUUCUCGGUCAUCCAAGUCAUGGUGGUCCCACAGGUGUGUUCCCUCCCCCUCCAAAAAAAGGAAACUGGACUUUCUUUGUUUUUGCUUGAAGACGUUUCGCUUCUCCUCCAUGAAGUUAUGGCUGAAUGGUGGACGGAAUGUUAUGGAAUGAUGUCUUCCAUUCUGCUCCCUCAUCAUUUCUUCAUUCCCACCAAAUCCUUCUAUUUCCCCCUUCCCACCAUUCAGUUAGAACUUCUUGGAUAAGAAGUGAAACAUCAUCAAAAGGAAAAAAGACAAACAAACGAAGUCCAGUUGCCUUUUCUAAAGAGAAAGAAGAAGAACCUUCUAGACUUCUAUUGUAGAGUCUUCAAGAAGGACAUCCUAAACAAAAGCCUUCCGUUCCAAGAAAUGGAUUUUCUGCUAAACCAGAUUUGCAGACUCGAGAGCCAGAACGGCAGUUCAUCCAGCAGAUGAAGGAUAGGUGUGAUGAACUAGUCAGAAAAUUCAAUUGUGUCCAAGAAGAACUCAAGAGGACAAGAUGUGGCUUUGAUGUCUUUGUUAUAACGACACAGUUUUUCUUUCAGAAGAAUGAAAGUGCCUUUGUGAAAGAAAAGGAGAUCUCAGCUGAGCUUGCAAAUGUCAAGGAUGAAGUUGCCCUCAAUACAGGGAAAUACGAGACACUACAAAAAGAGAAGGAGGAGAUGGAAAAGAAGUUUGAAGGAACUGUGCAGAAACUCACUUGGCAACAACAGGAGGAGCUCCUGGCACUUGAAGAACGUUUGCAGUUACAGUACAACGCUGAACUAGCACAUGUGCAUGAGAACCAUCAGGUCAACCUUGAGAGACUCAAGAGUCAGCAUCAGGAACAGGUGGAUGACAUUGCAGCCACUCAGGAAAUGGCAGUAUUAGAGAUGGAAAAUAGCCACGCGAUUGCCAUUGCAGAACUUCAGGAAGAAUAUGAGCACAAAAUUCAAGAAAUGAAGUCUGCUCAUGAGCAAGAAAAAAGAGAACUUGAAGAAAGUUUUGAAAAGUUGCGCUUGUCACUCCAGGACCAGGUAGAUACUCUCACUUUCCAAAGCCACUCUCUAAAGGACAAGGCCAAACGAUUUGAAGAGGCAUUGAAGAAAAACACUGAAGAACAACUAGAGGUUGCCCUGGCUCCAUUUCAGCAUUUAGAAGAAGAUAUGAAGAGCCUAAAGCAGAUUCUGGAGAUGAAGAACGGACUCAUUCAUCAACAAGAAAAGAGGAUCAUGGAGCUAGAAAGGCUGGCAGAAAAGAACUUAAUUCUAGAAGAAAAAAUCCAAGUACUGCAACAACAGAAUGAAGACUUCAAAGCGAGGAUUCAUCACAACACUGUGGUUACAAGACAGUUAUCUGAAGAAAAUGCUAACCUCCAAGAACAUGUGGAGAAGGAAAGCAAGGAAAAAAAGAGGCUGAGCAGGACAAAUGAAGAGUUGAUGUGGAAACUGCAGACCACAGAAUCCAUGAGUCCUGUUAAACUAUCUCCCACUUCUCCAACGCGCAUUUAUCGCUCUUCAUCAGGACCCCCAACUCCAGCUAAAGUCAGCACAGUACCAAGAUGACAGACCAAUGCAGCUACUUAAAUGGACUUGGCCCAGAAUAUGGAAAAUUGCAGUCCAAGCGAGUUGUUAUGAACGGCAGUGAAAGAUGUGUUGCUUUUCCCACAUGUUCUCUAGUUCCUUAUGUUUAGGCAAUGUACUUUUGUCAUUUUAGCAUCAGCAACUCAAAGCUAGCAUAUGAGGUCAAAAAAUAGCAAUGUAGUCUGAUGCAUGGAAACAUCUUUUGGGAUUAGAGGCAAAAGCAACUGGAAAACUGUUACUUAUCAUUCACUCUGAAUGAUUUCUUUUUCCACAAUAAUAUUUCAGGUUAGUUGCCAAUAGCUCUGCUUACAUCUACAGCUUUGGUGAGGUACGGAUUGUACUGAAAUCCAGGCACAAAAUGUACUCAACACCCAGAAAGCCUACAUAUACAGCUCUGCAUGUAUAACUAAAGGUGUUCUGAAUUGCAAUUUUUUCAUGAACUAAUUGUGCAAAAAGUGCUGAUAUUUUCAAGACAGCAAUUUUCUAAAAUGUGCCUAAAAAUUAUUCUGAAAGGAAUUGCUUUUUUGGGUGGGGGAGGGUUGGUUGGGGUCAAAGCUUCCCAGGAACAUUUCUACCCAGACUAGAAAAAAGUUAGAAAAAAGGAGAAGCAUCUUCUAAGUGACCACCGAGUGGUACAUUUUCUAAAGCAGACCACCAGCGACUUUUGAAUUCUUAAGUAGUUACUAACUUCAAAAAUGAUAAUUGGUUUUCUACGCAAUGCCAACCAUGGUCACUCAUCUUCCAGGCUCAGUAUUAGACCUUGCAAUUGUAGUCAGUCAGUUACUUUCUUUCUUUAGCUCGUAAGAGUGACUGACUUUUUAAGGUUUCUAAAUUGUUAGCAAGUUAAUAUAUAUAAAAACAUGAACAUAAAUACCACCUCCCCCCCUCCCCAUGAACAACAUAAAAUCUUCCUUUGUACAGUGGCCAUCAAACUUUGGCUAAAAUCCUAA